GGUGUGGGGUAUCCGCAUGUCCGCGCGGAGGCUGGUGGCGGCGGCGGCGGCGGUGGCCCUGCUGUCCCUCAUCCUGAACAACGUGGCGGCGUUCACGCCCAGCUGGGUGGUGCAGGCGCUGGAGGACGGACGCAAGCGCGCCGUGGGGCUCUGGAGGACCUGCCCUGCGGGGGAGCGCGCUCGGGACGGGGCGGGCGCGGCCCUCCGCCGCCCGGGACUGAGCUGCGAGGCGCUGGGGUGGGGCUCGGACCCCGCGGGCUACCAGGAGUCCCGCAGCACCGUCAGGCUGCAGUUCGACAUGAUGCGGGCCUGUAACCUGAUGGCGACGGUAGCCCUGACGACGGGGCAGCUGAUCUUCCUGCUGGGGCUGCUGGAGCUGCCCUUCGUGGCCCAGGACUCGCAGUGGUGGGAGGAGGCCAUCGCCGCCCUCUUUCAGCUGGCCAGUUUCGUGCUUGUUAUUGGAUUGGUAACCUUCUAUCGGAUCGGACCGUUCACGCACCUGUCCUACUCCUGCUACCUGAACAUUGCCGCCUGCUUGCUAGCCACGCUCGCAGCGGCGAUACUCAUCUGGAACAUCCUGCACCAGCGGGAAGACUGCCUCGCCCCGCGCAUCGUCUUCAUCAGCCGAUCGCUGACGUCUCCGUUCGGCCCGCGCCUCGACAACGACUACGUGGAAUCGCCCUGCUGAGCACGAAGUCUCGAACCCUGCACCCAUUCCAGCAACCCACCAGCACGACGAGUCUAGCAAGCCUCAUUCGGAGUACCGUGAAUUUCAUUGUCGGGGUUUUGUUUAGUCCUUGUGUUAUCGUUGGUGUUUUUGUACUGUAGCCCAUUGCUGCACAAUGCACUCAUGGACACCAGCUGCAGUACUUCAGCGUGAUGAGAAAAUAUGGGCAAAGUUUAAGGGUCAGGUAAGGUCAAAUACUGGAGUGAUUACUUCAAAAUAUUUAUCAAUUUAUCUUUAAAAUGCCACAAAAACGAAUAUGCUGCUCAUGCAAUUUAGCACAGCACCACAAAACAAACAUAUAAACCAAAGGUUUUCCAAAGUUCUGGACAUAUGUUCUUUCCAGUAUGAACUCAUUGUAACUUAUAUUACAGACAGAGAACAAAUAUUUAAGAUUUCUAGAAUGAGUAUUUAUGUAAAAAAAAGAAAAGCAAAAAGAAGCACAUUUUUUUUUUCAUUUUGAUUUAGUUUACAAUAUAUUCAUUUGAGGGCUAUUUGGUACCAGACUAUAACUUUAAAGGUAAACUGUGUUCAUGUAAAUUGGCCAAGAAUGAUUGAAAAAUUGAGGUGGACAGGGAACAAAAUGUCAACUCGUGGAUGUAUUCCCUUUUAUAACAUGCUCGCUUGUGGUACAUGUAUUAAGUAUGCCAAUUUUGUAUGGUUAUAUUAAUAUUAUAUUGUUGUUCUAUUACAUUUUUUACUUGUGUGUUUCAGUUGAGAAGUAUUUUUAACUGCUUAACAACUGGGCUGAGUGAAAAUAAUAAGUAUGUAAUAAAUGUAUGAACAUCUUUGUAGCACAAUCA